AUGACCCGCAUCACCACAGUCGUCCUGGCCAUAUUGGCUCUUACCACCGACGCUCGCCGGCCUACCGCGGCGAAAAAGGGAUGCACAUUUCUUACGACGACGACAUUUCUUCGCCAGACAACAUCGCCGCACUGGCCCCAGUGCUCGUUUGACGGCACGGAGCGCAUCUACAGCUCCACAGUCACUAUGAAUACAACCGUCGACUGCCACGGAUGCUCUCACAUCCGGGUUAUCUCUAAGCCCAAUGUGCGCUGUCCUGCGAAAAUCUAG